CGCAUCUAUAAGUAAAUGUGGCCUCAGCGGGGGCGAUUCUUUUCCCAGGUGUGUGUUAGCGUUAGUGUUCGAAUUUUUAACGCUAGAAUGCCUGAACCCACCAAGUCCGCUCCGGCCCCGAAGAAGGGCUCCAAGAAGGCGGUAACCAAGGCGCAGAAGAAAGAUGGUAAGAAGCGCAAGCGCAGUCGCAAGGAGAGUUACUCCGUGUACGUGUACAAGGUGCUGAAGCAGGUCCACCCAGACACCGGCAUCUCGUCCAAGGCCAUGGGCAUCAUGAACUCGUUCGUCAACGACAUCUUCGAGCGCAUCGCGGGCGAGGCGUCGCGCUUGGCGCAUUAUAACAAGCGCUCGACCAUCACGUCCAGAGAGAUCCAGACGGCCGUGCGCCUGCUGCUGCCCGGCGAGCUGGCCAAGCACGCCGUGUCUGAGGGCACCAAGGCUGUCACCAAGUACACCAGCUCCAAGUAAACUUGCCAAGAAAGAAGGAGGAGGAGCAUGGGGAAAAGAAGAAAGGGGAGAUAUAUAAGUGCAGAGAAGAAAUGAAUGCAAACAGUAACUGAAAAUGAGAAUCUGGCCAUAGAAGUUAUGAAGUAUGAUGUCUGACCUGCCUGAGAUGAUAGAUUAGUGUGUAUAUCCCACCAAAAUCCUACCCAUUCUGAUUUGCUGCACACUGACUUAUCAAAAGGAGAUCACUACCUGAGUGGAAGAGCCUAAACAAGGUGUUUUAUCUUUUUCAUUUUAUUUUUAUUUACAUUAUAAAAAUAGAAUUUACUUCUGUUACAGGCGUAAUUACUGGGAACUCAUUAUUUACCGUGGACUACCUUUGCUGGGGGAAGUCUGAAAGGAUGGCAAAACAUUUGUAAAUGAGAUGCUAUAUUUAAUAAACUCUAUGGAUAAUUGAAA